AUGCUUCGAUCUGCAGGCAUUGAAGAUCUUGGAGACCACUUGUCGGUGCAUCUUUUGGAGCGCUACAAGGAGGUGAGAUCUGCCAACCUUUGCCAGCUCCUUCUUCGAGGCUCGAUGAAGUCAAGACUCCGGCGGCUUCUUUCAAAGCUGGUGCCGAGAAUGGUCAAAGAUCAAAGGAUGGACCGGAUCAAGGAGCUCAUGCAUUUCCUCGACCAGGACUUGAUGCCAUCCUUCACGCCCUUGCUGCCCUACGUCCUGAGUGAAGUCGCAGAAGAGAACGUCACCCGCAUCGCCGCAUCUUUCCGCUUUGUCGAACAAGUCUACGAGCAGAAGUUGGCCAUCAACGACAUUUGCGACGCCCACUGGGGGACUGUGCUCGUGCGCAUUCUUUGGAACAGCGACAAGUGGCCUGAGGUUGAGAGAUGCAAACAAGCGACUGCGUGCAUCACACGCCUGACACAGGCUUUGCCUGAGAAAAGUCAGGACUCGAAGCAACGUGAGGCUGAAAAAGGCCCUGUGACCAAGAAGCGCCGUGGGGAGAAGAGCGUCAUUGACGUGGAUCGAGUGGCCACUCCCACCGGGCUCACAGAGAGUGGCUUUCUUCAUGCCUUGGAUAUUUUACAGAUUGUGAUCUCUGACUCGCGCGAGAAUCCCAAGUGGCAGGAGUAUCGUCAACUCCUAGAAGAUCCCGAAACUGUUCGCGGCCCAACUUCGUGUCCCAGCGGGUCAGAAAUGGAGGUACCUCUGGACAUGCCACGCUUCCUUCGAAGUGCAUCUGUGCUGCUGGAACUCCUUGGCGAACAGCUGCAUCGUUUUGCUGUGAAGAUGUUUGAAUUCUUGCAAUGCGCCUGUGCUCGUUUGCAGAAUGCAGAUACUCUCCGCUGUUGGAAGCACUUUCUCCGUAUUGGGGUGAUGCGGCUGAAGCCGCUUUUGCCUGCCUUGGUGAGCGAAAUGCUGAAGCUCGCAGUAAAUUUGCAGGAGACGGAUGCGACUGCCUUCCAGGAGCUUCAGCGGACCUUGGUCUCGAUCGUACAAGAAACGCUUCCUCACCCAGAGGUUUUGUUGGCCUUUCCUCCUCUGCCAGAUCAUUUGCGUGGUAGCCGAAAUCAGAUCGAGAAGGCUUUGGGGAAGAUGAGCCUACAACAACGCUUGGAGUCCACCACCAAGCAGCUGGAGGUCUCUCAUCAAGCCGUCCGACAUGCUAUCCUGGAAGGUUUGAUGCACUUCUUGACGCAGCAGCGAAAGGCAUUCAGUGCUUUGGCUGACCUACCAGGGGAUGUCCUUGGAAGGCUGAUGAAGAUCCUGCUCAAGUUUCUGUCAGAGAGUAUUUCACAAGGCAACCGAAGUAGCCAAUUACUUUGUGGACAAGUCUUGGGCGCUUUUGGUGCCAUUGACCCUGCACGCUUGGCCGGUCAGGUCUUAGUCGAGCGGCACAAUCCAGUCAACGACCACCGCGCUCAGAAAGGCGAAGUUGAGUUGGCGAAGUCCGUUUUAGAAGAUUUCUUGGCGCCUCACUUGACCAACAACUCCUUUGCAUUUGCUGCACAGGAGAUCUUCAGCCAUUUGAAGAGCGCUGGCAAAGAGCAGCAGGUUUGGGAAAAGCUUCAUAAGGAUGCAAGAGAGGCGCUGAAUCCAUAUCGCACCAGCAAAUAUCAGAACCUUAGUGGAGACUUGCUUUGCAGCCCAACCAGCUUUGAAGGUGCUCUAGAGGAAGCCACCACACUGCUACCCGUGGAGCGGAAGGCUUUCUUCCAGGCAUGUUUGCCAGCUGCCCCUGGGAACCAUACCUUGGCGCUCUUCCUGAUGCAUCACGCUUUGCAGGAGCUGAUCAUGGCACCAGAGUUAUCGUGCUCGGACUUGGCCAGCUUGGCCAAGAAGCUGGUUGAUUUGCUGACCUUCACAGGGAAAGAUGCGCCUGAAAGCCAAGAAACUGCGACAGCACAGGCAGUGUUUUCGUUGCUCGACAGUCUUUUCCAGAAGAAGGAGGAGAUCAAUACAACACCCAGCAGUCGUGCUGGUGACGAGACCUGGAAAAAGCGGCAACUACAACGCAUUGAGGCGCUUUGUGGACCUUUUUCCUUUCGCUUGGUCCUCAACGCAGCACUACGCUGCGGUGCCCAUGCUCGAGCACUUCAGUUUCUCGAGAUGGAGUUGGAGGCCACCUGUGGGGAACGGAGCUUUGCUGAAGGAAGCCGCUUGGGUGAGGCGGACUGUGAGCUACUACAGCAGAUCUACCAUGAACUAGGUGAGCCAGAUGGUGUUGUGGGUGCAAUACGUAUUGGGCCAAACGACAGGACAAGAACAUCCGAGCUCGAACUGCAGGGCCGCUGGUCUGAUAUGCAGGCGUCCUACGAGCAAAUGGCUGGGCAUGACCGUUCGAAAGCCCUGUGCGGUCUCGUGAAAUGUUCACAGGCCAUGUGUCGCUUCGAAAGCUCCUUGCAGCUGAUCAGUGGCAUUCGACAGGAACUCCCCGAGCUCACGGAGCAUUUGCAGCCAAGGUCGGUCGAGGCGGCGUGGCAGCUUAGCAGUUGGCAGCGAUUGGAGGAGGCGUUGGAGGCUCCAGGAGACCAGAUUGCAGCCAAGGACUUCCAGGUUCAGCUGGGCGAUGUGCUGUUGCACCUCCAUGGCCGUGAUGAAGUGAAGCUGCAGCAACGAAUACAAGAGACCACUGUAGAGGUCGCCUGUGCUGCAUCUUUAGCAGCACGAGAGUCUUACACCAGAGCUUACCAGCAUAUCCUUCGCCUCCACGUGCUUUCAGAUCUGCAAUGGUUGAGUCAGAAACGGCAGGAGCCUGGCAUUGCACAGAACCUUCUGAACCGCUGUGAUAUCACGACCCCUUCAUUCAGUGCACGGCAAUCUCUCUUGGCACCACUACGUGUGGCCUUGCAGGACCUGAACCUUCGCAAUGAAGCGAAGAGCAUUGAGUUGGCCUUUUCACGUCUUUGCCGGAAGCACAAUGAGACGAUGCUCAUGGAACAUCCAGACAGCAGCUUUCAAGGCACUUCCAGUGACUUGAUGGUGUCUGCACAGCUUGAGUGGGGCAAGAUCCUCUAUGCUCGUGGCGCGCGGCAUGAGGCUUUGCGACACAUGUUGGUGCUGUCGAAGACAUCUCCUCGUGCCCAGCUCCUUGGCACUCGCUGGGCCACAGACGCGUCGUUGCUGCUGCCGCGGGUGGCGGAGGCCGAGUUCCUGCAGGCCAAAGAGAAGCUGAACGAUGAGGCAUCAUUCUUUUAUCACGCUGCCUACUUGGACUACCUGCUCAAGGGCCAAAUCAGUGAUGCAACCAACAGUCUUCUUCAAGCCACUCCAGCGAGCAAGAAACCUCGGACGCCCGAGCACUCGCCCUUUGACCGAAAGAACUUGGUGGUCUUCACCUUCCGCGGGUAUUUGCAAGCUUUGCAACGGGGUACCAAGAGACUGCGCUUCAUAUUGAACCGGCUCUUGCAACUGGCGUGGGAAUGCUGCCAGGUCGAUUUUCAUAAGCAAGAGAUGAUUGCCGAGUUCCAGAAGGAGGCAGCCAAUGUGCCUGCUUGGAUGUGGUACUCUGUGCUGUCACAGCUCAUUAGCCGUGCCCUUCAUCCUGAUUUGAAGAGACCAGAAUGCAAAGUUGGUAUAUAG